AUGCCCUCCUGGAUGCGGCAAUGCGUCCGUGUUGUAGCGCACGCAGCGCCGUGGCCGCAGUCACUAGCGUACGGUCCUCACUGGCUUCGUCUCCGUAGCUUUGCGUCUGCCGAGUCCAAGUGGGGCCUGACGAACGAGCGCAUUACCGCGCGGGUGGUUAAUAUUAUCGAAGACGACGGGACGCAGCGCACGGACAUUCCUCUACGUCAAGCGCUUGCGGACGCACAGAGCCAGGGCGUGGACCUCGUGCAGGUGUCCUCGGUGGGCAAGUAUCCGGCGGUUUGUCGACUCUUUGACGCAAAGAAGCGGCUGUAUGAGCUCAAGAAGGCCAACAAGAAGGCGUUCAAGCAGCAAAAGCCCAAGCCGGACAAGGAGGUCGCCAUUGGUGCAAAGAUUGCUCCAAACGACUUGACGAUGAAGGUCGAGCAGCUCAAGCGGUUUUUGAACAAGGGUCACAAGGUCAAGGUCACGAUCAAGUUUGGCCAAGCGUAUCAUUUAAAAGACCAGACGCUCGAGCAGCUCAAACAGAUUGAAAGCCGUCUUGAUGCGGAGACAGGAGUACCGCUUGGUCCACCGAGAGAGCAGUUUGGCGCUGUGUAUGUGCUCUACGCGCCAGCCAACCAGGUGAAAUGA